AUGGCGGCGGUAAUGCCCAGCACGGGAUACACGCCGCAUCCCACCAAAAUGAUGAAGGCAGCGCAGUGGAUGGGCGCCCGAAAUGUGGAAGUGGGAGUCGUCCCCAAGCCCAAGAUCACCGAGCCCAGCGACGCCAUCGUGCAAAUCACCCACUGUACGAUCUCCGGCUCAGACAUCCACCUAUACGACGGCGAGCUCAAAGACGCCAUGGAAAAAGGCGACAUCCUCGGCCAAGAAGCCAUCGGCCUUAUAGAAGAAGUCGGGCCGAACGUCAAAACCCUCAAACCCGGUGACCGCGUCAUCAUCUUACCGGUCAUCUCAUGCGGCACCUGCGAGUAUUGCCAGCGACAGCAGUAUUCGCUCUGCGACAACACAAACCCAUCUAGGGAAAUGGAAGCAGCGUACGGCCACCGCCUCGGCGGGAAGCUGGGCUAUAGUCGGCUUUGUGGCGGGUAUCCAGGCGAUCAGGCGGAGUACUGCCGGGUUCCGCAUGCGGACUUGACGUGUGUCAAAGCGCCGCAUGAUCUCGAUGCGCGGAAAUUACUUGGUUUGACGAAUGUCGUCACUACGGCUUGGCAUGCGUUGGAGUUGGCUGAGGUGCGGGAUGGGGAUGUGGUUGGUGUAUGGGGAUGCGGGCCUAUUGGACUUGCUGUGCAGCGAAUGGCCAAGCUGCGUGGAGCGAAGAAGGUGUAUGCUAUGGAUAAGGAUGCACAGCGAUUGCGGAUUGCGGAGGACUUUGGCAUGACGCCUGUUGAUGUGGAUGCGCAUCCGGAUGUGGCUGAGUACAUUCUGUCUAUUCAGGAGCAGGGCCUUGAUCGGUCUAUUGAGGCUAGUGGGCACCGGACUGAGCAGAGCGCUGAGUUUCCGGCUAUGCGGGCGAUUGGGCUCGAGAGGGAUAGUAGUGAUACACUAGCGGCCAUUGUCAAAGCGACCCGUAAGGGUGGGAAUGUGGCGUUGGUUGGGGAUUUCUUUUUCACGACGCAUGAUUUCCCUAUUGGGCCUUUGAUGCAGAAGGCGCUCACACUGCGUGGCGGUCAAACUUGGCCGCAAAAGUACUACCCGUUCUUAAUGGAUCUGGUAGUACAAGGCUCAUUGGAUCCAUCGUGGAUGUUCACGUAUGUGGAUGAGUUCGAGAAUAUUGCGCAGAUGUACAAGAAAUUCUCAGAGCAUGAGAUCCCCGGCAAGCUGAAAGUGUGUUUAGUCACGGCCUUUGGACGUAGCCAACAGCUGCAAACCUCCAGCAAUGGCCAUGUCGAAAUCCAUUUUUCCCAUAGUGGGGGGAACAAAUGGUCCGCGCCGCAAUUUGUCGCCUCUCCCUUCAUACCAGUGCAUGGGAUGGCUCCAGGCCUAAACUAUGGCCAGCAAGUCUAUGAAGGCCUUAAAGCCUUUCGCCACCCAUCCGACAACAAGAUAACUGUCUUUCGCCCCGACCGUAACGCCAAGCGCAUGCAGUACUCCGCUGAAGUAGUAUCCAUCCCGCCCGUUCCGGAGGAUCUGUUCAUUGAGUGCGUGCGGUUAGCAGUUGCCGCAAACGCCGAGUACGUGCCACCCCACGACUCCGGCGCUGCAAUGUAUGUCCGACCCAUGCUCUUCGGCUCCUCUGCACAGCUAGGGCUGAGUCCACCGGAUGGGUAUACGAUGGCUGUAUUUGCUAUGCCGACUGGCGUGUACCACGGGGCUACCGCGGUCGAAGCGUUGAUCUUGGAGGAUUUCGAUCGCUCUGCACCGCAUGGAACUGGUUCUGCUAAAGUUGGAGGAAAUUAUGCGCCUGUGUUGCGACACAGUGACCGGGCGCGACGGGAAGGAUUUGGAAUUACCCUUCAUUUGGAUAGUGCAACUCGCAGUGAGAUCGAUGAGUUCUCGACUUCUGCUUUCAUUGGAGUGAAGCGUGAUGGAGAUCAAAUCACUGUGGUCCAGCCCGAUAGCCAGAAUGCCAUCGACUCGGUUACGGCAGCAUCUGUGCUGGAAAUUGCUCGCAUGCUGGGAUAUCGGGCUGAGAAGAGACGGGUUGCUUAUGAGGAGUUGCGUGAGUUUGAUGAGGUUAUUGCUGCUGGUACAGCGGCGGCUUUGGUGCCAGUUGGUAGUAUUACGAUGCAAUCCCGUGGUGAUAAGUUUGAGUACCGUUCCGGGGCUCAGAAGGAGGGUGGUGAGGUUUACGUUAAAUUGCUGCAGACUCUUCGUGGUAUACAAUCUGGAACUGUUGAGGAUACCUUCGGUUGGAACUAUGAGGUGACGGCACCGCCAAAAGGUUGGACACAGGAAACGCAAGAGGAGUUCGAGUUGAGUGGUGCCAACGUCCCAUAA